AUGGCUUUUUGGUGGGUUGGCAAGUGUUUGUUACAGAAGUCCUCGAAUCCAAAAUUUGAGCUCUUGAAAGCAUCCAGACAUCUAUGCAUGUGGCGAAGUAUCCUCCUCUCCAUGUCUGCCUCAUUAGACCCGAUUUUCACCAACCUGCUUUUCUUUUCCGAUCAAACUUUCUUCGACCUCCAUGAUCAGGAAAAUCGCAGCUGUUCUUUGAUUGCUUAUUUUGAAAUUAUUAAUACACAUGAACUAACAACAGAUAUGGAGGAGAAGGUCGCAGAGACCCUUCAAAUCCUCGAAGAUGAUGGCGACUCGUUUGCCCAACGGGCAGAAAUGUACUACAAGAAGAGGCCUGAGCUUGUAAGUUUUGUGGAAGAGACUUUCAGGGCAUAUAGAGCAUUAGCAGAGAGAUAUGAUCAUUUAUCAAGGGAACUCCAAAGUGCCAACCGCACAAUUGCUAGUGUUUUCCCAGACCAAGUUCAGUAUUCAGUGGAUGAAGAUUAUGAAGGUAGCCCAAGAUCCCCAGCACCUAAACCUGGAGUUCCUAGAAGUCAAAAGAAAGAUUUUAGAAGCCCUUCCAUGUUAAUGUCAAGGAAAGGGCCACCCAAAAAGACUGCUAGCUCUGCUAGACCCACGACAACUUCAAGUUCUGAGCUGAGCAUGGGUGAAGCGCUUGCAGAAAUUGACAAGCUGCAGAAGGAAAUUUUGGGGCUACAAACUGAGAAAGAGUUUGUGAGGAGCUUGUAUGAACGUUCCUAUGAUAAGUAUUGGGAAAUUGAGGACCAGAUCACAGAAAUGCAAAAGAGAGUUUGUAGCCUGCAGGAUGAGUUUGGCGUUGGUACGGUCAUCGAAGAUCAAGAGGCGCGAACUUUAAUGGCAGCCACGGCUCUGAAAUCAUGCCAUGAGACUUUGGUUAAGUUGCAAGAAGUUCAAGAAAAAGCAUCUGAGGAAGCUAAAGCAGAAUACCAAAAGGUUAAGGAAGCUCACGACGAGUUUGAGAUCCUUAGAGAUCAAUUUCUUUCUAAACAUGGGAGUUGCCUAGACUUAGACGAUCAUGGGGAUAAAUCUGAGAGCAGCAGAUCAGAAAAAAAGAGCUUAGAUGAAGAGAUGGAAAACUUGGAAAAAAUGACACGUGAUGUGGGGCAGUUGAGGGAGAAAAUUAAGGAACGACUAGGAGUAGAUUCAGCAAACUCUCUCACUGUAACAGAAAUGGCAGAAAGAAUUGAUGACCUUGUAAAUAAGGUUGCUACCCUGGAAACUGCAGUCUCCUCUCAGACUGCUUUGGUGAAGAGACUGAGGUCAGAGACGGGCGAACUUCAGAAAAAUAUACGGAGAUUGCAAGAGGACAAGGAAAUACUGAUAGAAGAUUCGGCCAACAUGAAAAAUAAGUUAAAAGAACUGGAGGAGGAAUUAAGGAAAGUUAAAUAUCUCCAACAAAACGUGGAACACCAAAACAGUAGCCUUCAAAAACACUUUACUGAGGCUAGCUGUAAUCUUGAGCAUCUCUCUGAAAGAUUGCACGAUGUGAAACAAGAUGAGGAAGCUGAGAAUUUGGUGCUCUACAAAGACACAAAAAGCACUUACGAAGGCAAACCAAAAAAGGUAUCUGAAGAACAAAAUGAUCAGCUGUCUGUUGAUAAAUCAGCAAUGGUGAAGGAUUUUAAGGUAACAAAUGAGGAGAAGGAAGAUGAUGGUGCGGAUCUUGGCUAUGACAUAAAUGAGGAGAACAAGUUCAAAUUGAAUGAAAAUGUUGACCUUAUGCAUGAAGGAAUUCAAAAUGUAUUGCAGCGGGAUAAGGGUGAUUUUUCCGAGACAGUAAGUAACGUUGACAUUGAAUCACAUGAGGGAGAAGGUCAACCUAACUGGAGACAAAUGUUCAUAAAUGGGUUAGAUGAUAGAGAGAAGAUAUUAUUGGAGGAAUACACAUUGGUGUUAAGGAACUAUGGGGAUGUAAGAAUGAGGCUAAAUGAAGUGGAGAAGAAAAAUAAGGACAGUAUUUUUGAGCUGUCGCGUCAGGUAAGGGAAUUAAUGAAUUCUCUUGUCAUGAAGGAUAAAGAGAUCAGCUUCUUACGUCAGAAGUUGGGCUGUCCAGAAGUGAAUCCUGAUGAAACUCCGUUAACCGCAAUGACAGAAUAUACAUAUACAACUCAAGAAGGAGGCAAAGAACAAGAAGCCAAGUCGCAGGACUCCGAAAUUUCAACCAUCAAGAAGCAUGAAGAAAAUGUGGGGGAAAACCAGGUGGUUCACAAGCGUCAUGCCCUCUCACCCCAUGAACAGAAGCUGCGUUCAGAUAUUGACGAUUUGCUGGAGGAGAAUCUAGAUUUCUGGUUGAGAUUUAGCACCUCAGUUCAUCAAAUUCAGAAAUUCCAAAACUCCAUCCAGGACUUACAAGCAGAGUUGUCAGCAAUAAAGGAUAACAGCAGGGCAGAAGGCAGUUCAAAGCAUUCCAUACAUUCUGAAGUUCGGCCUAUUUUCAGACACCUGAGAGAGAUAAGAACUGAGUUAUCACUGUGGUUGGAACAUAAUGUGAUUUUACAGGACGAAUUGCAGGGUAGAGAUUCAUCGUUGAACAACAUUCAAGAUGACAUAUCAAAAGCCUCCAACGGAGGCUCUGACACAGGGUUAAGCGAGUAUCAAGCAGCCAAGUUUCAAGGUGAGAUUACCAACAUGAAACAGGAGAACAACAAGGUCGCUAGUGAGCUGCAAGCAGGUCUGGGUCUUGUCAAGGGACUGAAUAAUGAAGUUGAGAAGACGCUAGCAGAAUUGGACCAAGCGUACGGGAUUAACAAUCACCCCCCCUUGAAACACUCGGCAAGCCGCAUGCGAAUACCUUUGAGAUCUUUCUUAUUUGGAGUCAAGUUAAAAAGGCAAAAGCAAUCAAAGCAAUCCCUCUUCGCGUGUGUGAAUCCAAUGCAGAAUCAAUAUAGUGAUAUAGCAGCACCCAAUAAUGCCCCUAUAUAG